AUGUCUGGUGUUCCUGGAAACUAUGCUUCUACUUUGUACAUUGUGGUAGUCAAAGCCAAUGUAUUGGAUAAGGUCGAAUCUGAACUGCUUACCCUUGUUGAGGCUUCAAAGAGAAGUCCUACAUUUUCGCAGUUGAUGAAGGAUUUAUCAGUAAUUGCUAACACGAGAGUGAAGGCCAUAAAUGAUUUUUGUGCUCAAGCUAAAUUUGUGGAUAUCACAAAGAUCUUCUUGGCUAAUUGUCAAUUGAGUUCGAGGGCCAGGCAGCAGAGAAGCAGAGGAGAUGCUGGUCACCUGAAUUGCAUCCACGUUUUGUCAAUGCUCUGCAACAACUUGAAGGUGCACAAGUGCAACCAUUGUUCGAACCCAGAUUCCAAUAGCCGUUCUUCGUCAUCCAGUGGAGUCUUCAAGUUUGGGAACUUGAAGCUUGCCAGCGAUUGGACGUUCGCUGCCGAGCAGUUUGUUUUAAAGCUCCCUGAUAAAUUUUUCGUUCACUGCAGUGAACGGAAUAUGGCUAAGCUGACAUUGGAUGGUGUGGAUGUAAUGGGCAAGAGGUUGGCUGAGGAGUAUCCUCAAUGGAACAAAUCUUUUCUGGUCUCUGGCUUGCUGGUGGCUUUGUUGAAGCGGCAAGGUGUUGGCGUCAAGGGAGCAAGCAAAAGUGCUCCCAUGAAUGAGGAGGUGCCCCCAUUGCUUGAAGGAGGCGGAAAAAUAGAGGUCUCGCUGCUAACAUGUUACCUGGUUAUUCUGGGGUUAGCUCGAUUAUAUUUAUUACGUUGA